GUAGCAAAAAGGAAAAAGUUUAACUGCGUGAAAAGAGUCCUCUCUCGUGACGGAUGGUCCAAGUUCAGAAGUUUUUCUACGCUGUUCCUGCUGAAUGAGUCGGCAGUCGCUCAAAUCUGAGACCUAAGACUAUCUUUCCUUCCAGUUUUGGUUUCAGUGUCAGAACCGGAGCCGUGGUUUGAAUGUAAAAUUAAACCUUUGGAGAAAAGUGGAGUUAUAACGCUACAGACUUGGGAAAGUUCGCUUGCCAGGGAGAGCUUGGAACUGUGGAUGGGCGAAAUGCAGGCGCGCUAUUCCGUCUCCAGCCCGAACUCGCUGGGCGUCGUGCCCUAUAUAAGUAGCGACCAGAGUUACUACAGAACCGCUGGUGGAGGGUACGCUGGGAUGCCGGCACCAAUGAGCAUGUACACGCAUGCACCCCACGACCAGUACCCCUCCAGCAUGGCUCGAGCGUACGGGCCGUACAAUCCGCAGCCUCAGCCGAAAGAUAUGGUGAAGCCACCAUACAGUUACAUCGCUCUAAUCACCAUGGCUAUCCAAAACUCGCCAGACAAGAAGGUGACCCUCAACGGGAUUUAUCAGUUCAUCAUGGAACGGUUUCCCUUUUACCGAGAUAAUAAACAGGGCUGGCAAAACAGCAUCAGGCACAACUUAUCCCUCAACGAGUGUUUCGUCAAGGUUCCCCGGGAUGACAAGAAGCCCGGCAAGGGCAGCUACUGGACUCUGGACCCGGACUCGUACAAUAUGUUUGAGAACGGCAGCUUUUUGAGAAGGAGGCGGCGGUUCAAAAAGAAGGACGCCCUUAAAGAGAAGGAGGAAAGAACUACUAAGGAGACGCCGUCCACGAGGCAGCCUGGUCGGGAACAGGAGCAGCUCACGCAGGGCUCACAGCCGGUCAGGAUUCAGGACAUAAAGACCGAGAACGGGACUGCGACUCCUCCGCAGGCCGUUUCGCCUACCCUGAGCGCUGUGCCAAAAAUUGAGAGUCCGGACAGCAGCAGCAGCAGCAUGUCCACUGGAAGUCCACAUAGUAUCCCGUCUAACCGAUCCAUAAAUCUGGAGAGCUCCGAGCAUCACCACCACGGCCAAGCCUCUGCUCAAGGAUUCAGUGUGGACAACAUUAUGACAUCGCUUCGGGGGUCCCCCCAGGUUGCGACGGAGCUAAGUUCCACACUCGUGCCGUCUUCCAGGACAGGUAUAACCCCUUCUUUGUCGCUUAACUAUGCAAACCAAACUUCCGUCUACAGCUCGCCCUGUAACCAAAAUGCCAUUUCCACGAGCUCGAACGCGACGUACCAUUGUAAUAUGCAAGCCAUGAGUUUGUAUGCUGGGGAUCGAUCUGGUCACCUGGGACCGACUACCACAGUUGACGAAACGUUGCCCGAUUACUCCAUCACUACCACAACUUCUUCACUGACCCACGGCAAUCUAAGUUCCGGCCAGGACGGUCACCACCCUCAUCAGGGACGGCUUGCUUCUUGGUACCUAAACCAAACUGGUGAUCUAAGCCAUCUUGGUGGCGCAUACCCCGCGCAGCAACAGAACUUUCACUCCGUCCGAGAAAUGUUUGAAUCCCAGCGAAUUGGCUUGAAUAAUUCUCCUGUGAACGGGAAUAACAGUUGUCAAAUGUCCUUUCCCUCGAGCCAAUCCAUUUACCGCACAUCCGGGGCUUUUGUUUAUGACUGCAGCAAAUUCUGACCAAAACAAUGUCAUCUGUGAAUAAUUUUUGUUACAUUUAAAAAUUAAAUAAGCCCAAAGAUUUUUUGUCGUCUAUUGCCCCAUAAAUGGACUUGAAAUCCUACCGAGAGACAGAAAACCUAAUCUUGGUUUUUAAGGGCAGUGUUGAUCCAGAUAACACGUAAGUUUCAUCUUGAUGUUUUAAAAAAAUGAUGUUAAAACCAUAUAUCAAUCUUUCACGGACUCUCUAUUAAAUGUAAAUUGCAUAUAGUAAUUUAUUUCCAAAUAUGAAGUUGGAUACUGAGGACCAAACACCAACAAAGUGUUUUUAAAUUGAACUUCCUAAAGUGUUCAGAAAUGUUCCACUAUAAAAAAUGGAACCUGUAUAUCGCCGUAUCAAUCUUCUCCUUUUGUUGAAAAUAUUCUGAAGGCAUUGCAUUGUUUGUUUAAUAAAUUCCCAUUUUAUUUCAGUUAAAA